AUGACGGUUGGAGAAGUGAGCAAAAAUUUGCCAUGGGUAGAAAAAUAUCGUCCAUCAAAAUUGGAGGAUUUAAUAUCACAUGAUGACAUCAUAAAAACAAUAAAUCAAUUUAUGAAAGAGAAUCAACUGCCACAUCUCUUAUUUUAUGGACCUCCAGGGACGGGAAAGACAUCUACAAUCUUAGCAUGUGCUAGACAAAUGUACACUCCGCAACAAUUUAACUCAAUGGUAUUAGAAUUAAAUGCUUCAGAUGACAGAGGUAUUGGAAUUGUAAGAGGGCAGAUACUCAGCUUUGCUUCAACAAGAACUAUAUUCAAAGCAGGUCCAAAGCUUAUUAUUUUGGAUGAAGCUGAUGCAAUGACAAAUGACGCUCAAAAUGCCCUUCGUAGAAGUAAGUGUAAAUUGUUCUCAUGCCAACUACGUCAACUCUAG